AUGUCGGCACUUGAUUCGCCCACAAUUAAGUCCGGUGAGUGGCACGAUGGGAAGCACCGAAAGGCUAUUCCCCUGAGAGGAGGUGGUGGUGGUAAGGUAGCAGCAUGCAGAGCGACCCUGCAUUGUCACCACACUCAACCCCCUCCAACCACGGACCAAUGCUUAGGUACAGCUUAUUGCUUAGGAUCUAAUCGUCGUAAGGCCGCCCAGUGUGAUCAUGCUGACGGUCCCGGACCAAAGAUGAGGUCAUGGCGGUGUUCCACGGUGGUCAAGUCAUCAACGCUACUCAGAUCGACGAGAGUCAAGAAGAAACAAGCCCGGGCAAGCUGCGCCCUAGUUUCCCAUGAGGUCAUGCUGUCCAAAAAGCCGAGCGUCGUCGAUCUUACUCUGUUAAGGACGGCACAUCGUGGCUCAGUCUCCCUCGGUCCUGUUGCGGAGGUUCUCCGUACUCCGCGUUUGUCUUCAAGGGCUUCGGAACGACUACCAGAACCGAUUGACUCCGGAAGAUACUGUCACUUGUGUCAUUCCGAAUUCCGAGUCAUGGGCAUUGGGCCCUGCGCUACUUGCUCAACUACGGGUGCUAUCUAA